AUGCCUUGAUGCUCUGCUGUCCUCUUUCUCCUCCCACUGCUGAGGUUACCUGGUCAGGUGGUCGUAGCAAAAGGGAUAAAUACCUAAACCCAAAGCUCUAUUUUGAGAACAGGACGAAAACUACAGGCUUGCGCUCGCAUUCAAACAGUCGCUUAAGCUGUGCUUCCACCAAAAGGCUUAACAGCAGUUACUGCUCAUCAUUCAUUCUUCAACUCAUCAAAGAGAAAAAGAGUUUUAGCAACAGGAGAGCAGCCGAGAGGUUGCUAUUAAAGGAUCAGCUAUGCUUGGAGGCAUACGCACAGAUUUGGUGGUCACAGUGGCUGUUCUCUUUCUAACUCAGACAGGGACUCAAUGCAGAGCUGAAAAUGACUUCCUAUUAGUUACUUUACCAGAGUGGAGGGCACAUUCAGAAUACGUUAUACAGUGUUUUGAUGACAGACGUGCCAAUCUGAACUGUGACUGGACGGCGAGUGAAAAAGGAGCAGGGGAUUUUGCAGUGAAUGUUUCAGAGAGUGGUCCACUAGGGAUUGAGGGCAAGGCUUGUCUAGAGUUCUGGUACCUUGUCCCAGUUGCAGCUAAUGGGUCUGAACUUCGUGUCUUGCUAAAAAACAGCGUUGGUUCAGUAGAAAUCUGGACCUCUCCUGCUCUUCCUCAGAACGCAUGGAGGCAAGCGUUUGUGCCCCUGAACAUCACUGAGCCUGGGUCUCAGGUUGUGUUUGAAGCGGUUCAAGGAUUGUCCAUAGAGAAAGAGAUCACAUUUAAACAGAUAGGUGUAAGAAAAGGCUCCUGUGGACAACAGUGUGAAUCGAACACAGAGUUAUGGACAGAUGUGACCACCCGCUGCCUCUGUUCUGCCGGCCAGCUCUCCUGCUUUCCCUCUCAGUGCCCUAAAGGCCAACUCUGUGGUCCUCAAAGAGGAGGCCCCAAUGGGACUUCUACCUUUGGGAUGUGCACUAUACACAGUCACGCGGACGGCAGCACUUUUGAUGGAGUAUUGUUCCGCUUCACGACCGCCUGCACUUAUGUUCUGGCUAAGACCUGCUCACCCACUGAAACCCUGCCCAUGUUCACUGUGGAAGUGGUCAAUGAGCAGAAUGAUAACACAUCUCUGCCACAGGUCCAGAAGAUCAAUAUUAACAUGAGGAUUUACAGGGUGUCUCUGCUCAAAAGCCAAACAGACCGGGUUGUGGUUAAUGGGAUCUGGAGGAAGCUUCCACUUAGCCUUAACAGCGGCACUGUCAAUAUCAGGAGCAACCCUGCCACUAUUGUGCUGGCAACCACUUUUGGUCUUACAGUCUCAUUUGACAGCACUGGUGUGGUCCACGUCACCCUGCCAUCAACCUAUUCUGAUAAAGUCUGUGGCAUGUGUGGCAACUUUAACAACCACAAAGAAGAUGACUUUGGGAACCUCAAUGCACAAAAUGCAACAGCUUUGGCUGAAAGCUGGCAGACUGGGGAACCUGCCUCCUCCUGUGAAACCAUUCUAUUCCCUCAGUGUGACCCAGUGGAGGAGGCAGAGUAUGCCAGCAAGCAGUACUGUGGAGGCUUAUUCUCUACUACUGGUCCCUUUGCUGACUGCUUAUCAGUUGUAGGGGCAGACAGCUACAUCAGAGGCUGCGUGUUUGGCAUGUGUUCUACUCGUGGUGACCCAGCCGUGCUAUGUGAGACGCUACAGGUGUAUACUGAUAUCUGCAAUAAAGCUGGCAUUGCAGUACCCAUGUUGAGGAACUCCACACUCUGCCCCAUACAGUGCGGUGAGAACAGCCACUAUAACUCAUGUGCUGAUGGCUGUCCCGAGGUGUGCUCCAAUCUGGAUAUAGCUGGCUCCUGUGGAAGCUGUGUGGCAAGAUGUGAGUGUGAUUCUGGCUUCAAGCUCAGUGGGGAAAAGUGUGUCCCAGCAGAAGACUGCGGGUGCUGGUAUAAUGGAAAACACUAUGAGAAAGGAGAAACACUGGUGGAAGGAGAUUGUGUGCAACAGUGUCAGUGCAUGGGUAAUAACAAUGUGCAGUGCACUCAAAUGCAAUGUGCAGACAAUGAAGUUUGUAAGGUUAAAGACGGGGUCAAAGGCUGCUUCCUUUUCAAACCCACCACCUGCAGUGUGUACGGUGAUCCACACUACAUCACCUUUGAUGGGCUGGCAUAUGACUUUCAAGGGGGCUGCAGUUACAUAUUGACCACCACAUGCGGUGGAGGAAGCUCAGUCCAGUUCACAGUAUCUGGACACAACACCCAUCCCCCCCUUCAGAACUUCACCAGAUCCAAGCUUCAAGCCGUGGCUCUCCAAGUCGAGGAUCUGUAUCUCAUCUUGAAUCAAAGCGGAGAGGUCUAUGUCAAUUAUAAACAAGUUCAACUGCCGUAUUCAACCAAAGGGACAUAUGGCUCAGUAUGGGUGUAUGUGAAGAAUAAUCAUAUCAUCUUGGAGACAACCUUUGGCCUCAAAAUGCAGAUAGAUGGAGAGAACAGACUGUUUCUGCAGGUGGAUGAGCACUACAAGUAUGAACUGUGUGGACUGUGUGGCACUUAUUCUGGAUACCAGGACGAUGACUUUGUAACUCCAGGAGGCCAAAACGUGUCAGAAGCGUUCGAGUUUGGUGACAGCUGGAGGGUCCCAAACAACUCUGAAUGUUUAGCUCGUCCAAACAAUCCAAGACUCUGUGAUAAGGAUGAGAAGGAUACAGCCUACAAUGAGUGUUCAGUGCUGUUUGGCAGUGGUUUCAUGCCCUGUCAUGAACACAUUCACCCAAGCAUCUACCUCAAUAGUUGUGUGUAUGACUACUGUGCUACGAGCGGCGACCAACACACACUCUGUGAAUCUCUGAAGUCCUAUGCAACAGCAUGCCAGGUUUCAGGAGUUGAACUUCCAAACUGGCAGACUGGCACAGCCUGUGAAGACCUCUCUACCUCAACAGCUCCUCCAACAACUGCUUCUCCAACACCAGAUCAGACUUUUUGUCCCUUGAACUGCAAUUUCGAAAAAGAUCUGUGUGGGUGGGAGCAGCUUAUGCAGGACACUUUUGAUUGGACGAAACACUCUGGACCCACACCAACAAAUUUAACAGGUCCAAACCAAGACCACACCACUGGAGCUGGUUUCUACAUGUACCUUGAGGGAGACAGUGUAACUCAUGGAGACUCUGCCCGUUUGAUGAGCUCGGCAUGUAAUUUUAACGGACCACUCUGCCUGUAUUUCUGGUACCAUAUGUAUGGUUCAGCCACAGCCAUGGCUCUUAAUAUCUACCUGCUGAAAGACAGUAAAACUACAAAGCUCUGGUCCAUGAUGGACAACCAGGGACCAGAAUGGCAUCUGGGAAGAGCUGAUGUCAAAGUCUCUGGUCCAUUCCAAAUUAUAAUAGAAGGAAUUCGAGGCUCUAAUUAUCAGUCAGAUGUGGCCAUAGAUGACAUAUCUAUCCAUUUUGGCUCAUGUUCAGAUGGUUUUCCAGUCCUGGGAAGUGGAACUAAGCCUUCUACUACAACUACAGAAAUGCUUCCCUUACACCAAAUCUGCAAUCUUGACUGCAACUUUGACAGCAACCUUUGUAGCUGGAACCAGAUGAUUACAGAUGCUUUUGACUGGACCUGGCAAAGAGGUUCUACCCCCACAUUGAUGACAGGCCCCUCUGCUGACCACACUGGGGAUGGCCACUAUCUGUACAUUGAAGCCAACAGUGCAACGUAUGGAGACACAGCUCGUCUUAUCAGCUCUGAGUGCUCUGACUCUGGACCUCAGUGUCUGCAGUUCUGGUACCAUAUGUACGGCACAGCAGAUACAAUGGGUCUCCAUGUUUACCUGCUCCAAAACAGAAUAGCCAGUCAGAUUUGGAGGAAGCAGAAUGACCAAGGAAAUAUGUGGCACCUGGCUCAGGUGGACAUUGAACCAACCACAGCUUUUCAGAUCAUUAUUGAGGGGCGCAGAGGAUCCAAUGAUCAGUCAGAUGUGGCCAUAGAUGAUUUGAAGCUUUAUCAUGGCCACUGCUCAGAUCUGGUAGGUGGCAUUACAACGCAAUCAGCUAGACCUGAUCUUAAUGCUACAGCGCCCCCAAGUGUUCCUGUCCAAACUACUGCAGCUCCACAGCCUCCUAUGGUUACUACUACCUUCCAACCACCGAUGAUAAAUAUCACUGUGCCUCCCAUAGUGGAGGAAACAACCAACUUAAUUAAUAAGAACAAUGUUACUGAAGCUCCAGAUAACCGGCCACCUCUGCAGCCAGUCUGCCAACUCCACUGUAAUUUUGAGCAAGAUUUAUGUCAGUGGAAUCAGUUGAUCACAGACGCUUUUGAUUGGACAAGACAGAGUGGCUCCACUCCUACUAUCAAUACAGGACCUUCUACAGAUCACACCACAGGAGGUGGCCACUAUCUUUACAUUGAAGCCAACAGUGCAACGUAUGGAGACACAGCUCGUCUUAUCAGCUCUGAGUGCUCUGACUCUGGACCUCAGUGUCUGCAGUUCUGGUACCAUAUGUACGGCACAGCAGAUACAAUGGGUCUCCAUGUUUACCUGCUCCAAAACAGAAUAGCCAAUCAGAUUUGGAGGAAGCAGAAUGACCAAGGAAAUAUGUGGCACCUGGCUCAGGUGGACAUUGAACCAACCACAGCUUUUCAGAUCAUUAUUGAGGGGCGCAGAGGAUCCAAUGAUCAGUCAGAUGUGGCCAUAGAUGAUUUGAAGCUUUAUCGGGGCCACUGCUCAAAUCUGGUAGGUGGCAUUACAACGCAAUCAGCUAGACCUGAUCUUAAUACCACGGCGCCCCCAAGUGUCACUGUCAUAACCACUGCAGCUCCACAGCCUCCUAUGGUCACUACUACCUUCCAACCACCGAUAAUAAAUACCACUGUGCCUCCCAUAGUGGAGGAAACAACCAACUUAAUUAAUAAGAACAAUGUUACUGAAGCUCCAGAUAACCGGCCACCUCUGCAGCCAGUCUGCCAACUCCGCUGUGAUUUUGAGCAAGAUUUAUGUCAGUGGAAUCAAAUGAUCACAGACGCUUUUGAUUGGACAAGACAGAGUGGCUCCACUCCUACUAUCAAUACAGGACCUUCUACAGAUCACACCACAGGAACGGGAGGUGGCCACUAUCUGUACAUUGAAGCCAACAGUGCAACAUAUGGAGACACAGCUCGUUUUAUCAGCUCUGAGUGCUCUGACUCUGGACCUCAGUGUCUGCAGUUCUGGUACCAUAUGUACGGCUCAGCAGAUACAAUGGGCCUCCAUGUUUACCUGGUCCAAAACAGAACAGCCAAUCAGGUUUGGAAGAAGCAAAAUGACCAAGGAAAUAUGUGGCACCUGGCUCAGGUGGACAUUACAGCAACAGAAAAUUUCCAGAUUAUAUUUGAAGGACGAAGAGGUUCGAAUACUCAGUCUGAUGUGGCAAUAGAUGAUGUUUCACUUCAUCGUGGGCGCUGUGCAGAACUGGUCAAUCCGACAACAACUACAACUCAGUCAAAGCCACAAACGACAGCUAGGCCACAACCAUCAACCACAACUCAACUAAAGCCGGAAACAACAGCUGGGCCACAACCAUCAACCACAACUCAACUAAAGCCGGAAACAACAGCUGGGCCACAACCAUCAACCACAACUCAACUAAAGCCGGAAACAACAGCUGGGCCACAACCAUCAACCACAACUCAACUAAAGCCGGAAACAACAGCUGGGCCACAACCAUCAACCACAACUCAACUAAAGCCGGAAACAACAGCUGGGCCACAACCAUCAACCACAACUCAACUAAAGCCGGAAACAACAGCUGGGCCACAACCAUCAACCACAACUCAACUAAAGCCGGAAACAACAGCUGGGCCACAACCAUCAACCACAACUCAACUAAAGCCGGAAACAACAGCUGGGCCACAACCAUCAACCACAACUCAACUAAAGCCGGAAACAACAGCUGGGCCACAACCAUCAACCACAACUCAACUAAAGCCGGAAACAACAGCUGGGCCACAACCAUCAACCACAACUCAACUAAAGCCGGAAACAACAGCUGGGCCACAACCAUCAACCACAACUCAACUAAAGCCGGAAACAACAGCUGGGCCACAACCAUCAACCACAACUCAACUAAAGCCGGAAACAACAGCUGGACCCCAGCCCACAAUAAAUAAACCGCAAUCUACAACAGCAAGACCGCAACAAACAACCCUGCCGGUACCAACACCCUCUUGCCCACGGUAUAGUCACUCUACCACUUGUGUCCCUGCAUGUAGUCCAACCUGUUUAUUCUUGAAUGGCCCACCACAUUGUAGUGACAAUGGGGUUUGUGUUCCUGGGUGUGUGUGCGAUGAUGGCUUUGUCAUGAAAAUGAAGAUUUGUGUGCCUCUGGAACGAUGUGGCUGUGUGGACAAGAAUGGCACCAAACACCAAUUCAAUGAACAGUGGUACGCAGAUCACUGCAGUCAGAAAUGUGAAUGUGAGGAGGAUGACGGAAUAGGAAAGAUUGACUGUGAUGAUGAAGACGAGUGUGAUGGAAAUGCUGUCUGCCUUCAAAAUCAAAAGGGCAAUUACUACUGCCAGUCUACAGGCUUCGAUGAGUGUACUAUCAAGAAGGACCCUGAAUAUAGAACAUUUGAUAAAAUGAAGCAUGACUUUGAGGGUGAAGACUCUUACGUGCUGGUGAGGACCAGCAACUUGCCAAACAACCUUCCAGACGUCUACAUUGAAAGCAUCAACACGCCCGUCUUAGAUCAGGGCGGUGAUAGUCAGCAUGAAAAUGACAGCAGCAGUGAAGAAGAGCAGAAUAGCAAGGACGAUGAUGAUGAUGACGACGACGAUGAUGAUGAUGACGACAGCAAAGAACAUGAUGAACACCACAGAUUACAAGAGCUUAAGAUCAGAGUGUACAAUCACACUAUGGAGUUCAAGAAGAAUCGGAAACUGAUCGUGGAUGGAAAGCCAACUGAUACGCCCGUCUCAGUGACUGGUGGUCUAAAGAUCUGGAAGCGUUCCUCUCAUAUCUACCUGCAAACUGAUUUUGGCUUGUCAGUCGCGUUUAAUGGACACCAUUCAGCAGAGAUUACUCUACCACACAUUUAUAGAAGCAAGGUGGGAGGCCUGUGUGGAAACUUUGAUGCUCAGAAAAACAAUGACAGGAUGAAGCCAGAUGGUACCAUAGCCAGAAGCACUCAAGAGUUUGGAGAAAGCUGGAGAGUGUGAAUGCCAGAUGAAACACUGUCUUUGAAUGUGGACGGGUUUAAUCACUAUCAGUUACAUAAAACUCCACAUGGAUAAAUAAGAACAGAUGAUUGUAAUGAUUUUGUUUUUUUCUUCUUUAGCCAGCAAGUGUUGUCUUUAUCUAGCUUUUUAGGAUUAUGUUUUCUGAAUAUCAACAAAUCUAUUUUCCCAUGAAUUCUUUAGAUACUUAUCUCUUUCUUAUUAUUUCUACGUAUAUUUGAUAUAAUCUUUGUACUCUACAUAAUUAUCUCUCUAACUAGACUGUUUAUAACUAUGUUUAUACAAAGGUAAUAUGCUUUUAGCAUAUAUUAAUGCCCUCUUUAAAGCCAAACAUGAUUAAAAUGCACAACUGCAAAUUGAGCUAUUAUUGUCAUUGGAUAAUAUUAAAAAUUUUAAAAGUAUGUGGUAAAUGAUCACAUUUCAUAAAUUGUUUUUGACUUUCUGCAUUGUUGAAGGUUUUCUGAUGAAUCCUUACUACUCCAAUAAAACUGCACUGUAAGUACAUUUGUGUUGCUUUGUGUG